GAUAGAGGGCGCUCGCACCAUCCGACGGUCUUCUUUUCUAAUUUGUGUAGGUAGCCGCAAUUGUAUUACUAUUACUAUUAACCUAAAUUUAUUGAGUGCUAAAUUUUGCUAACCCAACAAUGUCUGGCAGCUAUUAUUUCGUGAUUGUUGGUCAUCAUGACAACCCGGUUUUUGAGAUGGAAUACAGUUCUCAACAGAAGGGAGCUGACACUACAAAGAAGGAUGACCAUCGUCAUUUGAAUCAGUUCAUCGCCCAUGCAGCAUUAGAUCUUGUGGAUGAGCACAUGUGGGGAACUAAUAACAUGUAUCUGAAGAUAGUGGACAAGUUCAACGAGUGGUUUGUCUCUGCAUUUGUCACUGCUGGACGAAUUCGCUUCAUUGUGCUUCACGACACCAAGAAUGAAGAUGGCAUCAAGACUUUCUUCUCAGAAGUCUAUGAGAUUUUCAUCAAGUACUCGAUGAACCCGUUCUAUGAGCCCAGUACACCCAUCAAGUCUGCAGCAUUUGAGAAACGAGCCCAACACCUUGCCAAGAAGUAUCUGUCAUCAUAACGAUCAGGGAUCAACUUCUAAUAACCAGUAGCGUUGGACUCUCCAAAAUGUGCAAUAUUUCAUAGCUGACCACAAGAACCUGAUACACCAAGUACACCACCAGUGCAAAAAGCAGUACACCAUGAAAAGCGUAGCAUGAAAAGCGUUUUAAGAAAUACCUCCUGCACUAUAGAGCUGGAGUUUGCCAUCUUCAGAAUAGACAGCGUCAGAAAGAACUUGUGCAGGUGAAACACCAUUUGGAACUGGAAAUUAUAUACACUCAUUUUCCCAGCAGCGAGACACUGCAGGAUUACCAUGCAAGCUCAACAUACCUGCAUUCUAUGUAUGUUCUAAUGGUGACACCUCUUACUAUUGUACCUAACUAGACUAUGAUUACAAGUCCCAACUUACCGUCAUUCCAUUAUAAAUUGGAGAAAACGCCCAUUAUAAUAGAAAUUGCCAGUACAUGUAUCACAUGUAUCUCACUUAAGAAUAUUAUGAGUUUUUAAUUAAAAAAAAACAAAUAAGUAAUACCUAUUAUUGAAAAAAAAAAUUAAAUGAGAACAAAGAGAUGGAGGGGAUCUACAAGACGAAUACGGAAUGAAGAGAAAAACGUAAUAUAAUAAUCACAUUACACAUUUGUAUAUAGAUGCACUUAUAAGGAAAAUGACGACGCUAGUCUUUUAGUGAGUUAAUUGUUUUUCAUUUGAAAUUUGCUCAAGUGAGAAGCCAUCAAGUGGUUCAUUUUUAUUUUAAGAAUAUAAUUAAGUUCAUGAAGAUUUGAGAUAUGAUGUGAUUAUUUCUACUUGGAAUAAAUUGUAAAUAAAACACUUUAGAAAGAAUACAGA